GUAAUUGAACGUCCCACUGUGUGCACAGUUCAAAAAUGGCGGACGCAGCUCCAGCCGGUGGACGUGGCGGUUUUCGCGGAGGCUUUGGUUCUCGUGGUGGCGAUAGGGGUCGUGGAGGCCCGCGUGGCCGUGGACGUGGUCGUGGACGCGGUCGUGGUCGCGGCAAAGAAGACCAGAAAGAAUGGGUGCCAGUCACUAAAUUAGGACGCUUGGUGCGAGAAGGAAAAAUUGACAAGCUUGAGAGCAUUUAUCUUUUCUCUUUGCCCAUCAAAGAAUUUGAAAUAAUUGAUUUCUUCCUUGGCGCUUCAUUGAACGAUGAAGUUCUUAAGAUUAUGCCUGUACAGAAACAAACACGUGCCGGACAACGCACUCGCUUUAAGGCGUUUGUAGCCAUUGGAGACAACAAUGGACAUAUUGGGCUUGGAGUUAAAUGCAGCAAGGAAGUAGCCACUGCCAUCAGAGGCGCGAUUAUACUUGCUAAAUUAUCAGUUCUUCCUGUCCGUAGAGGAUACUGGGGUAAUAAAAUUGGAAAACCUCACACUGUGCCGUGCAAGGUCACUGGAAAGUGUGGAUCAGUAACUGUAAGACUUAUACCUGCACCCCGUGGUACCGGCAUUGUAUCAGCUCCUGUUCCUAAAAAGCUACUCCAGAUGGCUGGUGUUCAAGAUUGUUACACUUCUGCUCGUGGAUCAACUGGUACAUUGGGCAAUUUUGCUAAAGCAACCUAUGCUGCAAUUGCUAAGACCUAUGCCUACCUGACACCAGAUUUAUGGCGGGACAUCCCAUUGACCAAGUCACCAUAUUCUGAAUUAAAAGUCUAAAAGUAAAACAAAAUAAAAUUUCUUAAACUAAAUUUUGAUUUUUUCAUUGAUAAAUAUCUAGUAAUUUUCUUAAAGAGUUUAAACAUUUACAUAAUCUUUUAAUCUAUUAGAAUUAACUUCUUGAUCCUCAGCAUGUUAAUAAUUAUUAACAGACUGAUAAUAAUUAGAUGACAGUAUUUUGCAUUAUUUUGCUUAAUUAAAUGGUAUAUUUUGUAUAUAUAUUCUGCCUUUAAUUGUAUGAUUUUAUUUUUCCAAGUGAAAUAAAUCAUGAUAUAUUUGCUCUAGAGUAUGGGAAAAAUAUUUAAAUAAUUAAAGUAAUAUUCCAACUUGAAACAGUAAUAAUCAAUAUAUUGAUAUUUUUAUAAUUUAAUAGAGUAAUAUAAUUAACCUAGUGCAUGGAUGAAUUAAACACUUCUUGUACAUGGUAGAGCCAUGCUGCAGCUAUUUUAUGGUUGUAGCACGAAUUGGUCGGCUCGACUGAGUUAGGACCAUGCUCUCACACAAUACAAGAAUAAAAUAAGAGCUUAAUGUUUCGUACGGUGAGUGUAGAGUGGUGAAAUGAAUCAAUAAGCCCAUUAUCCUGGGUGUGUAGUAAGAUACUGGGAGAAAAUUCUAAUGGUUUAUGAUAUACUUCGCAAUAACUACACCUAGGUAUUGGUUACGUAAAAGCCAAGCAAUUAUGGGAAAUCAGAUGAGUACCCACCUUAGUGGGAGGAUCACCUACAAUGGGAGAAGCCUAUGUCUUGUAAUAAACUUACGAGCUGAUGAUAUUUUGAGAUUUCUCUUUUGCUUGUUGAUUUUUGAUUUGUAAAUAUCGUUCACAAAGUAAUGAAGUGAAAAAAAAAUAUAAAAUUAGAAAUUUCAAAGGAUUAUAUGCAUACGUAAUUUACUUUCAAAUAAAAACAAAAAUAUGUGAACCGAUUUUGUUUUUAUUUAAGUGGUGCUUCAUAAGUGGUCAUAUAAAUUUGAUCAAGACCAGUAGUUUUUGAGACUGAGUGUCUACAUUCCAUUGAGGAUGUCCUCUUUUUAUAUUGAAGUCGGUUGUACAAAAUUUUUAAUUCUACCACAUGUUUAUAACAUUUUUUGAUUGACAUUCUAGCCCUACAUCUUAUCGUUAAUGUAUUAUAUAGGUACAUAC